AUGGCAAUCACCGACGACCCUACAGCUCUCAAGCUCGAAGACCUACCCGAGCUCUUGAAGAAUGACACGAGCGUCAAGCUUGCAGGAUGCGACAUUGACGGUAUCCUGAGAGGCAAGCUGGUCUCCAAGAAGAAGUUCCUCUCGGUCGCAUCUUCAGGCUUCGGCUUCUGCUCGGUCAUCUUUGGCUGGGAUAUGCACGAUCAGACCUACUUCAAGGAACUCAAAAUCUCAAACAAGGAGAACGGAUACAGAGAUCUCACAGCCCAGAUCGACCUCUCAAGUUACAGAAGGAUACCUUGGGAGAACAAUGUGCCUUUCUUCCUGGUCAGCUUCUAUGAGCCCGAAGGACAAUCCGUGUCGGCUUGUCCGAGAAGUGUCUUGGGAAGAGCCGUCGACAAGAUCAAGGCCAAAGGCAUGAGUGCCAUGGCAGGAGCCGAGUACGAGUUCUACCAAUUCAGAGCCCCUUCCGAUCCUACCGCUCCCGAGCGCAACUCGUCCAGCACAUCCAAGUUCCUGCAGGAGAACCCUCCGUCUGCUCUACCGUCCUUGACCGAGGGCAUGUUCGGGUACAGUGUGACAAGGCCGGUACACAACCAAGACUACUACUACGGCAUCUACGACGCCUGCGAGAAGUUCAGAUGCAAUAUUGAGGGAUGGCAUACAGAGAGUGGUCCCGGUGUUUUCGAGGCUGCUCUUGAGUUUGGCGAGAUCAGAGGCAUGGCAGACCGCGCAGCCCUGUUCAAGCUUACCGUCAAGUCAAUCGCCAGCAAAUUCGGCAUCACGCCCUGCUUCAUGGCCAAACCGCGCCAGAAUCUGCCAGGAAACAGUGGUCACAUGCAUGUUUCGCUAUGCGAUCCGGAUACCAAGCAGAACCUUUUCGCACGUAGCGAACCCGACCCCAACGCUCCUUACGAGGACAUCAAACACCUUUCCGAUCUAGGCCGCCACUUCCUCGCUGGUCUGAUCGAGGGUCUGCCAUAUGUCAUGCCCAUCUUCGCACCCACAAUCAACAGUUACAAGCGUCUGGUCGAAAACUUCUGGGCGCCUGUCACAGUCAGUUGGGGCUUGGAGCACCGCGCCGCCAGUAUUCGUCUCAUCGCUCCUCCUACCGCUUCUCCCAAAUCAACUCGCUUCGAAGUUCGCGUGCCUGGCGCAGACACAAAUCCAUACCUUGUUUUGGCAACUAUCCUCGCAUUGGGAUGGAGGGGUGUAGAGAAGAAGCUCGAGAUUCCUAUCCCCCCGUUAGGCAAGGGUGAGGAUGUCGGUGGUACAUCGGACAAGGGUGUCAGACUGGCCAAAAGCUUGAGAGAGGCUGUCGAGACGUUCAAGAGCAAGGACAGCAUUGCGAGAGAAGUCUUUGGCGACGAGUUUGUGGAGCAUUUCGCUGGAACCCGCGAACAUGAACUUAGACUGUGGGACGAGGCAGUCACGGAUUGGGAGUUCAAGCGCUACAUUGAGACAGUGUAG